AUGGGUUGUGCCUAAACCAAGCAAAGAUCUAUGAUAUCAAAGAAGAUACCAGUCUCUAUACUAAAAAAGAAAGGUGAAGAGAAAUUUAAUCAAACUUUAACCAACACCUAAGAAAUAGAGUAAAUAGGAAAAAAAAUUUAUGAUUGUGAAAAUUCUUAAUUUGACAAUUACAAUAUCUCUUAAAACCCGAUAUUAAGAAGGAGAAGGGCCUCAAUGAGUUAAAAUUGA